AUGACCACGGAGACUUUUGCAGAGUUCCUGAAUAAGCUCAAAGAGAUCCAUGAGAAAGAGGUCCAAGGUCUGCAAAGCAAGCUGACGGAGCUGACGACGGAGAAGUGCCGGGAUGCUCAGAGAAUCGAAGAGUUGUUUGCUAAAAAUCACCAGUUAAGGGAACAACAGAAGGCCCUUAAAGAAAAUGUAAAGGUGUUAGAAAACAGGCUGCGAGCGGGUCUCUGCGACAGAUGCAUGGUCACCCAGGAGCUGGCAAAAAAGAAGCAGAAUGAGUACGAGACCUCCCACUUCCAAAGCCUGCAGCACAUCUUCAUCCUCACUAACGAGACAAACCGCCUGAGGGAAGAGAACAAAACUCUCAAGGAAGAACUGAAGAGGCUCCGGGGCCUGGAGGACAGGGCAAAGCAUGCAGGAGUCACCUCCAGAGAGAGCAGCUCUACUCCCAGCUCUCCUUUGCCUUUACUGUCCCCAGCGAGCAGGAACGCUGACGCUGAGAAAGCAGCUCACAGGGGAGCAGAAGAAGCCCACCAUGACGUGCUGGACCUCGAGUUGGGAGACGAAAAGACUGCAGUACAGAGAAGUUCUCCAAGCAGUAGGGCUUCCCCAGGCACUGUCCUCCAAGAAGUCAGUCUCGCAGAAAUGGUGUCCCAAAGGAUUGCCAACCAGCUGCAUGGCACCAUUGCCCUGGUGAGACCCGGCUCCAGACCUUGCCUUCUGGAAAGAAGUCCUUCGGGGGCAGCAGUGUCCCCACCAGCAAGGAAGACUCCUCUCCCUCUGGAGCGCGAGCACAGCCCCAGCCUUGAGGCUUAUUUAACAGCAAGCAAACCAGGCUCCCCCAAGGUCGCUCCGUCCUAUGAAAACCUAAAACAGACUGCCCGGAGAGAGCAACUCUGCCUUCUCCACAAGCACCUUUCCCUGCACCAGCUGGGGCUGGCGAGCAACUGUGCCUCAGCCGACCAGGACGGCGGCAGCUUCUCCAGCCAGUUGCUCAGGGCCAAGGACGCCGACAGCAGGACACGGUCGCGUGACGGCUGGGAAGAUCGCGCGGCCUUGCUGAAGCUCCCUGCCACCAUGGUGUAUGUGAGGGAUCAGCACUUGGAGGAGAAGCUGCACCUCCUCAAGCACAGGGAGCGGCUGCAGCAUUUCCUCAUGCAGCAGUGCCAGCCGGGCCAGCGGGCAGAUGGACAGCCCAAGCCCGAGGAGCGGCCUCUCUCCCCGUGGCCAAGCGUCACACAGGGAUGCAAAGAGGAAAGGUCCUUCCUGGAGGAUGCUGCAGAUGAGGAGGAAAGCAAGGAGCUUUGGCUGAGCCGGGACAGCUCUGAGCUCCAAGAAAAGGUGAAGGCAGCAAGGGAUGACAGUGCAGAUGCACCACUGGACCUGUCAGACUCUGGCCGUGGCAGGGAAACAGGCUGGCACAGCCACCGGGAGCUGCGGGGGUCUGGCAGCCCACGGCUGAGCCCUGGGGAGAGCCCCGCUGUGCUGGCAGCCCGUGAGCUCUGUGGGAGACACAGGGCAGAGCGAGAGGACUUGCCCUUCUCCUACCGCUGGCCCAGUACUGCCCAGGCACUGCCCGGUGCUGUGAAGGAAGAGGAGGAGGAGGAUGCAGCUGUGCUCACGCUCUCACGGGCGCAUCUGACAAACAACUCCACGUCGAGCGACCCAGACGCCCUUCCAGAGACCGGAGUGAGACUGACUGUCAGCACACAGAAGGAAGAAGGAGAUGACGAUGAUGCUGAGUCUGGGAAGCAGGAAUCUGACGAGCCAGACACGACAGACAGCGAGGCGGCUGCCCCAUAUGAAGAUGAUAUCCUACAAGAAGCCCAGGCUGAUGGAAAAUACUUCUGCAACAAAGACAAAGCUCAUACACUGCAGAAGAAGAGAAAAAGAGGACAGGAUCCCUGGACAAAAGGAGCUAAGAAGUCAAUGAGAGGAAGAAAGAAAGUCAAAGUUGAGGAGUGCUCAGCAGGGAUCACAAAGGAACCAGAGAACUGCUCCGCUUCCCACAAGGAUACCUCCGAGGAGAGCUAA